UGGGCUUUCUAUGAUGUCUCAUUUACGCUCAGCGUUUGAAGACCCUAACCAAAAAUUCGAUGCUCAUUAUCGAUGCUACCCUGCCAGUAUGAUGCCUGGAGAAAAAGGAGUUAAUGUAAAUUAUGGUGGAAAAGAAAUGCAUGUUGCUAACUGUCUAGUGAUUCUUCCUCCCUCUGCUUUGGAAAAAUUGUCUCGGUUGAACGUUAGCUAUCCAAUGCUAUUUGAAUUUGAAAACGCUGCUGCCGAAAAGAGGACUCAUGGUGGUGUGCUAGAAUUUAUUGCAGAAGAAGGAAGAGUGUAUUUUCCUUAUUGGAUGAUGAGUACAUUGGAUUUGGAACCAGGAGACAUUGUGCAUGUUAUUAACACGGACAUUUCUCAAGGCAGCUUUGUAAAACUACAACCUCAGAGUGUCAACUUUUUGGAUAUAAGUGAUCAUCGAGCAGUAUUGGAAAGCGCACUGCGAAACUUUAGUACGCUUACAAGAAAUGAUAUCUUUGAAAUCCUGUAUAAUGGCGAAAUUUUUCGAAUUAAAGUCAUUGAUGUCCAGCCAGACGAUUCUCGUGGUGUAGUCUCGGUGAUUGAAACAGACUUGGUUGUCGACUUUGAGACGCCAGUUGGGUAUGAAGAGCAUUUACAAGAGAAGGAGAAAGAACGUGUCGCAUCCAUUAAGGGGACAAUGGUUAAUAGGAUAAAGUACAAAGAUCUUGUUAAGCAGGGUCAAGCUUCUACUAUGAUGGGAACGGGUUCCAAGUUGAAUGGCAAGCAGGUAAAGGAACAAGAUCCUUCUGAAAUUGACAAUCUAAACAAUCUGGAAGAACAAGAAUGCCCUGCUCCUUUGAAUUUACCGAUUGGCACCUACUUUUUUGGAUACCCCUACAAACCACCUGCUGGAAGCGAAGAAGAUGUUCCUGAAAAACAACCUCAUACCUUCCACGGUGCAGGUACCUCUCUUCGUGCAUCCCGUAAUGUUGAAAAAGGUCGAGGAAAGAAAACAUCUUCUGGUUUGAAAAAUGAUCCCAUUAAUGUCGACGCUUAAUGACCC